AUGGACGGGCCCCCUCCCCUGUCGGCGGGUUGCCUGCAGGCGGCCCUGACUUCGGAUUUCGCAGUCGGCAUGCCGGUGCUGCUGCAGGUGCUGGACGUGCAGCGGGUGCAGCCCAAGAACGAUACGGGCAGCGGUCAGGCCCGCAUCAAGCUGGUAGUGAGCGACGGGGUGCACAAGUGCAUGGCCCUGCUGGCCUCCCAGCUCAAGGACCUGGCGGACAACGGGCAGGUGCAGCAGGGCACGAUCAUCGAGGCAGGCGGCGGGUACGGCGCGCUGCGGUCGGCCGCCGGCCCCCCUGGCGGGGGCUACGGCAUGGGCGGCGGCGGCGGCGGCCCGAUUCAGCGCGCGGACGACGCGCGCGUCGUGCCCAUCUCGGCGCUGAACCCCUACCAGGGGCGCUGGACGAUCAAGGCGCGCUGCACGCACAAGGGCGACGUGCGGACGUACAACAACCAGCGGGGCGGCGGCCGCAUGUUCAGCUUUGACCUGCUGGAUAAAGAGGGCGGAGAGAUCCGCGUGACGGCCUGGAACGACCAGGUCGACCUCUUCUUUGGCGUCGUGCAGCCUGGUGGCGUGUACCUGCUGUCCAAGGGCAGCCUCAAGCCCAAGAACGCGCGCUUCAACAGCACGCGCCACGACUUCGAGAUUUUCAUGGAGCGCACCUCAACCCUGCAGGCGGUGGCGGAGAACGAGGCCGCGGACAUCCCCCACAUCCAGUACCACUUCACCAAGCUGGCUGAGAUUGAGCGGAUGGACGCUCAGACCGUCAUCGACGUCAUCGGGAUUGUGCACCAGGUCAGCGCCCCCGCGCGCAUCACGCGGCGCGACGGCACCGACACCGACAAGCGCAGCGUGCAGCUCAAGGACGACAGCGGCGCCACCAUCGAGCUGACGCUGUGGGACAAGCACGUGGCGCACCCUGGGCAGGCGCUGGAGGACGCGGUGGGGGGCCAGGGCCGCUGCCCCGUGCUGGCCUGCAAGGGCGUCAGAGUCGGGGACUUCAACGGGAAGAACCUCUCGACAAUCAACUCGUCAACGCUGACCCUGGACCCCCCUGACCUCCAGGAGGGCCGCAUCCUGCGCCACUGGUGA